UGCUACACCGUAGACUUCGGAAUGCGCCCAACUGGUUUUACGCAACCAAAAGCACAUGUACAUUUCCUGACUUUGUGAGCCUUUUAUCGCACAAUAUGGGACCAUGUCAGGUCCUUCCAAAUUGCAUCCGCACUUCAAAGUAACGUAAGGGUUACUUCGAAAAGUAUUUUAAAAAACGCGUUAAAAUAAAUUUGGACAUCGUCGCGUAUUGUAGACGCAUGUUUAUAAAUGACGUGUUAUCUGAUUUGUUUUGGGCGGGCAAUAUGGCAUAAAUAAAAGUGAACCAGUCAUUAUAGAGCCGGUGACUCGUCAGGAGCAGACGAAUUAAGUUGCCGGGUGGAUUUCCUGUCGCUGGCCUGCAUGACUGGCCCUGCUUGUGCGUGACAAACCCAUGAAUGCUCAAGGAUACAAGUGGGUCCGAUGGCGGGCGUGGUUGUGUCACCUGAUGGCUGUGCUGUCCCUGGGUGUUCUCCUGAUUGUGUUCCACUGGCGCCCUCGGCUAUCUCUUCUGGCACGCUGCCGUCCCUGUCCUCUCGGGCUUGCAGAUUUUGUGCUAAUACGAGAUAGUUGUGGCUACUACCAUGUGGCGGAAGUGCUCACAGAGGAGCUGGAGGAGGGCAGUUUGGAAUUAUUGGGAGAUAUAGAGGCUACAGAAUGGAGGGACACCAUUCAGCUUCACCAGGAGAAGAAAACACUUCUGCGCUACUACCUGUUUGAAGGCCUUCGCUACAUAUGGUUGGACAGGAAGGCAGCUUUCUGUCUCGUGAGUGUCCUCAAUGAGGACUGGACCUGCAAUGAUCUUCAUGGCUUCAAAAAUGGUUUGAGUCUCCUUGAACAAAACUUGAGGAGACAAGUGUAUGGACCCAAUGUGAUUGAUGUGCCUGUCAAGUCUUACUUCCAACUUUUAAUUGAGGAGGUCCUCAACCCCUUCUACUUUUUCCAGUUAUUCAGCAUGGUCCUGUGGACGGUUGAUGAAUUUUACUACUACGCCACAAGUAUAUUUUUAAUGUCUUUUUUCUCCAUCGCUAUCUCACUUUAUGAGAUCCGCAAGCAAAGAGUCAUUCUUCACAACAUGGCACGCUUGGUCACCAACGUCACAGUCAUAAGAAAGACCGGAGAGCAGGCGAAUGUUAGUUCGGAGGAGCUGGUGCCUGGUGACUGCAUAUGUUUACCUAAGGAUGGCCAACUGAUGCCUUGUGACGCUGCCCUGCUGGCAGGAGAGUGUCUGGUCAAUGAAGGCAUGUUGACAGGUGAGAGUGUCCCAGUGCUAAAAACUCCUCUGCUGAGUUCAGAAAAAAAAUAUAUCUCAGACGUUGACCGUAAGCACACACUCUUCUGUGGAACGCAACUCAUCCAGGCCAAAGGAGGGGGGUCUGGUGAUGUUGGUGCUGUCGCCGUAGUCACAGGGACUGGUUUUUUUACCGCAAAAGGUAACUUGGUCAGCUCCAUUUUGUACCAGCAGCCCAUCAACUUUCGCUUCUACCGAGAUUCUGCAAAGUUCCUGGUCAUCUUGGGAUUUUUUGCUUUUAUUGGGACGGUGUACAGCUUUGUGAUCCUCUCACAUUAUAAUAUGAGCUGGUUAGAAUUGGUGAUUCGGGUUUUGGAUAUUGUCACCAUUGUGGUGCCACCGGCCCUACCUGCUGCCAUCACCAUCGGCACCAUCUAUGCCCAGAACAGACUGAAGAAGCAAGGCAUAUUCUGCAUUAGUCCACCGCGCAUCAAUGUCUGCGGCAAGGUGUCGCUGUUUUGUUUUGACAAGACAGGAACUCUGACAGAGGAAGGGCUGGACGUGUGGGGAGUAGUGGAGGGGGGAUCUGCCGGUUUUUCAGAUGUGGUCUCUGACCCGAGUCUACUACCGCCAGGGCCAAUGAUCUCAUGCCUGGCCUGCUGUCACACUCUGGUCCUUCUGCAAGGGCAACCCAUUGGAGACCCAUUGGAGCUCAAAAUGUUCAAAUCCACCGGUUGGACGCUCCAAGAAUCAGGGGAAAAUGGUGCGCUGGAUGCCGAGUUUGGAGGGCAGAGAGUAUUAGCGGUAAUGAGACGUCCUCCACGGCUGCUUCCUUUUUAUGCUACUUCCACAAGUGAGCCUGUGGCAAUUGUUCAGCGGUUUCCCUUCUCCUCGGCCCUGCAGAGGAUGAGUGUGGUGACGGUGGUCUGCGGGGGGCGCUCAGCUCUAGCUUUCAUGAAAGGCUCUCCCGAGAUGGUGGCGAGCCUCUGCCGACAAGAAACGGUGCCGCCUGAGUUUUCAAAGAAACUAAGCAGCUUUUCCAGUGAAGGUCUCCGAGUUCUCGCUCUUAGUUAUAAACCAAUGGACACAAGCACUGAUCUAAGAGCUGCUGAACGAGGGGAAGUAGAGAAGGACAUGCACUUCUUGGGCCUGCUGAUGAUGAAGAACCUGGUGAAACCGGAGAGUGCCGAGGUCAUCCGCACAUUGAGGCUGGCGAAGCUCCGAACUGUCAUGGUCACAGGUGACAACAUUCGAACAGCAGUCAGCGUUGCCCAAAGUUGCGGAAUGGUGAGCGCUGAUGAAGGGCUCAUCUUUGUCGAAGCCACCGCCUGCACUGCUCAAACCGCACCCACCCUCAGGUUCACCGUAGAAGAUGGCGAGGGCACAUUUGUCACAGCCCAGGGAGAUUUUGGUUAUCACUUGGCUAUCAGUGGCAGUUCAUUUGCUGCCCUAUGCAACCACUUCCCUGAGCAUCUGCCAAAGGUUUUGAUGCGAGCAACAGUCUUUGCACGGAUGGCUCCUGACCAGAAAACACAACUGGUGAAAGAGUUCCAGAAACUGAACUACCGGGUGGGCAUGUGUGGAGAUGGUGCCAACGACUGCGGUGCCUUGAGAGCCGCUGACGCCGGGGUCUCUUUGUCGGAGGCGGAGGCCUCCAUUGCUUCACCUUUCACCUCCAAGACUGAAAAUAUCAGCUGUGUGCCAUUGCUCAUUAGAGAAGGUCGAUGUUCUCUGGUUACCGCAUUCAGCCUCUUCAGAUACAUGGCCGUGUAUAGCAUGAUUCAGUUCUGCUCUGUGCUCAUCCUAUACACAGUGAGCACCAAUCUGGGUGACGUGCAGUUCUUCUUCGCCGAUGUCAUGCUGGUGACCCUGCUGGCUAUCGUGAUGGGGAAGGGCGGCCCCAGUGAGAAACUGAGCCCGUGCCGGCCACCGGCCAAUCUGUUCGCCUUGCCCGUUUUAGGCAGCCUGUUCAUCCACAUAUCCGUGAUAAUCUUGGGUCAGAUGGUUGCGCUCUUCAUCACCAAAUCACAGGAUUGGUAUAUUCCCCUCAAUUCCACGCUUUUUGGGACUGCCAAUUUACCCAACAUGGAGAACACCAGCAUCUUUUCCUUGUCUUGUUUCCAGUACAUCUUCGUGGCCGUGGUGGUCACUAAGGGUCACCCUCACAAGAAACCUCUCUACCACAAUUGGAUUUUCCUGUGUCUACUCUUCGUUCAGUUGGCCGUGAUGAUUUGUCUAGUGUUGUAUCCAGGACCUUUCUUCAUAAAGAUAAUGCAGCUUUAUGACUUCACUGACUUGAAUUUCAAGAUGCUGCAUGUCGCUCUGGCUGCUCUCAAUUUCCUCAUUUGUUUUGUAGUGGAGAUGCUGAUUGAUGUUGGUGCCCUGAAGUAUCUUUGCUGCCUCUGCCCAAAGCGUUCAUCCAAGAAAAAGUUCAAACACCUCAAUUCACUCCUUUGUGACCCCUCCGUCUCAUCAUGGCCGCCCCUGAACCAAACACUGUAUUCCUCGGAGUACACAGCCAUUGGCAUAAAUUAGCAUCUCAUUCCCCAGAUGUACGAACACUGUCAACAUAUAGUAUAGGACUACAAAAGUUGAAUAAAGUGAUUGUUUUAUGACAUGA